AUGAUUCCGCAUAGACUGACAGCUCAACGUAGUGUACCCGCUUUCUUAAACAAACUUUACAAUAUGGUCGAAGAUACUACUACAAAAGACCUUAUCAGAUGGGCAACAGACGGUGCUUCUUUUAUAGUUGAACGACAUGAAGAAUUCGCAAAGGCCGUGCUUCCUCGGUUUUACAAACACAACACAUUUGCAUCGUUUGUGAGGCAGCUGAAUAUGUACGAUUUCCACAAAGUGCCCCACAUCCAGCAAGGAGUCUUGAUCGCCGACAAUGAAAACGAAAUCUGGGAAUUCAGCAACCCGCACUUCCAACGUGAGCGACCCGACCUUCUUGCGCUCGUGACACGUAAACGAAGCCGCGAACGUGACACUGUCGAGACGGACUCGAUCAAUAUAGCUACCUUGGUAAAAGACAUCAGCGCCAUCCGAAAGCACCAGACAACCAUCAGCUCAGAUAUCCACACUUUGCACAGCGACAACGAGGUUCUCUGGAAAGAGACCCUGUCGGCCAGAGAAAAACAGCAGCAGCACCAAGACGCAAUCGAGAAGAUCCUCCAGUUCCUGACCACCAUAUUCUCGAAUGACAACAAGGCCGCAAUUGGCAUGAGUAAGCAAAAGCCCUUUAUGUUGAAAAAGAACAAUGAGUGCCUUAGUCUCCCGUGUCAGUCCACGAGCAAUAUUGGUAUUCUAUCCAAAGGAACACGACAAGGGUAUGCAGGUAUGCCUGAUUUUCGACCAGCAAAAAAAAAAGAAACACAAAAAAAAAUCAAAGAGGAAGAAGAAUAA